AAUAACUCUCACACAAAGUCUAGACUUUUUGUAGUUGAGGCUCGCACUCAUGUCAAAUACCGGUCAUACAAACCAUAGGAUGCAUUUACCAAUUCACACACUCCUUUUCUCUUCGUUGCGUACUAGUACUAUAUCGCUUUUCCUUGGAUAGGGAGUGAUAUUCACGAUAUAUAUCCCAGAUCUACGGAACGACGAUCGCUAACGAUUUUCUGGGGCUAAUAGUUUCCUCUUUAGCUCAGGUUACACGUACAUAGCCGCCUACGUCUUCUGUAGUCUGCCUUUGUUGUUCCCCUUAUCUACCUAUACACCGCCAGUGGCUGUUGAAAGAAAAGAAAAAUACACUCGGCGCGGCCAAUUGGAAUUGGAAUACUAUAAUUUUGAGCUCUCUUCCGAUACUGCUCGAGGCUCAAUCAACAUCCAUUUCCUCGGCCUGUCAUAAUUACUACGCCUCCUAUUUCCUAUUGAGCGGAGGCAUUAUCAACAAAAAGGAUGAGCGACCCAAAUGACACCCCGCCGGCGUCGGCUGCCUCUCUUUACCUCACUCUCGCGCCUGUUGCUUUGACUGCUGGCGUCUAUUUCUCCAUAUUCCUGUGUCUACGAAAGAGCCAAAGGCGAUACUAUGCUCCUCGAACCUAUCUAGGAAGCCUUCGUCCGAGUGAACGAUCACCAGCUCUCUCCAAUGGGUGGUUUAAUUGGAUUGGCGAAUUUUGGAAAAUUCCUGACAUCCAUGCACUACAGCAUCAAUCCUUAGAUGCUUAUCUCUUCCUCCGAUUCUUGCGCAUUCUAGUCACCAUCUGCUUCGCGGGAUGCUGUAUACUAUGGCCGGUGCUCUUCCCUGUGAACGCUACGGGGAGCAAUCAUAGUGCUUUGCAGGUAGAUAUGCUCUCUUACGCUCGCGUUGAUAAGGACACGCAGUCGAGCCGCUACUAUGCCCACACCUUCAUGGCCUGGAUCUUUUACGGAUUUGUAAUGUACAUGAUCCUACGCGAAUCCAUAUUCUACGUCAACCUGCGACAGGCAUUUUUGCUUUCGCCUUUUUAUGCCAACCGCAUCUCAUCGCGAACUGUGCUCUUUGUUUCUGUCCCCGACCGAUAUCUGGAUGAGGCGAGAUUACGCAAAAUCUACGGCGACUCAGUCAAACAUGUUUGGAUUACGGGCGAUACGGAGAAGCUGGACGAUCUUGUUAAGGAACGCGACAAGGUUGCUAUGAAACUGGAGAAGGCGGAGGUAAAGCUGCUAAAGCUUGCCAAUGCCCAACGCAUCAAGUCGGAUAAAAAGGAUGGUUCUAACGACGAGAAAGCUGAAGCACCUCUGGACGCGGAGUCGGGUAGCUUAGCUGCUCGUUGGGUUCCCGAGAAGAAACGGCCCACCCACCGACUUGGACUCCUUGGACUCGUAGGCAAAAAGGUCGACACUAUUAACUGGUGCCGGACUGAGCUGGGACGCAUCAUCCCCACUGUUGAGGCUGCGCAGGGAGAAUACCGCUCUGGAAAAUGCAAAAAGAUUCCCAGUGUCUUCAUCGAGUUCCACCGCCAGGCAGACGCCGAAUCAGCCUACCAAGUUUUGUCACAUCACCAGGCCUUACAGAUGUCGCCCAAAUAUAUCGGUAUCACGCCUGGCGAAAUUGUCUGGAGUGCGCUUAAGGUUUCAUGGUGGCAGAGGAUUAUCCGAAGAUUCGCAGUACUUGGUUUCAUCACUGCACUCAUCGUCUUCUGGGCGGUUCCGGUCGCUGUAGUCGGUGCAAUCUCGAAUAUCAACUAUCUUGCUAACCAGGUCUUCUUCCUUAAAUGGCUCCUAUCGAUCCCCGCGGUCGUUCUGGGACUCAUUCAGGGGUUGCUACCCAGUGUUGCGUUAUCUAUCCUCAUGUCACUUGUACCUGUGAUCAUGAGAUUAUGUGCCAAGCUCUCAGGAGAGCCUUCCCUAUCGCGAGUCGAGUUGUUCACUCAGAAUGCGUACUUCUUUUUCCAGCUUAUUCAAGGUUUCUUGGUAGUAACGAUCGCAUCAUCGGCAACAGUUGUCGCAGCACAAAUAUCCCAAAACCCUGGUUCGAUUACAAGUGUUCUAGCGGAGAACCUUCCUAAAGCCUCUAAUUUUUACAUUUCGUACUUCAUCGUACAGGGUCUAGGCGUCGCUUCAAGCAUACUCUCUCAGGUUACUGGAUUCGUAAUUUUCACGAUCAUGUAUAAAUACCUAACAGGGACGCCACGUGCUCUCUAUAAGAAAUGGGCAAACCUCAGCGCCAUAUCUUGGGGCAGCGUGUUGCCGGUAUAUACCAAUAUCGCCGUGAUUAGUAUUACGUACGCUGCUAUUGCCCCAUUGGUGCUUGGUUUUGCUACCGUCGGUCUCUCGCUAUUCUACCUCGCAUGGCGUUACAAUGUUUUCUUUGUUACGGACACCAGUAUCGACACUCGGGGCUUAAUAUAUCCUCGAGCAUUAAAACAGCUUUUCUCUGGCAUCUAUAUUGCUGAGUUGUGUAUGAUUGGAAUUUUUGCUACUUCGGUAGCCAUCGGUCCCUUGAUUCUCAUGAUAGCGUUCCUCAUUUUCACCAUUCUAUUCCAUGUCACUAUCAACAACGCCAUCGACCCUCUACUUUAUAAUCUCCCUCGGACUCUCGGAGCUGAAGAGGAAUCAAAGUCCCUACAUGCAGAGAGUUCUACUCGAAACACUAGCCAUUCUACUGCCCAGAACGGCGAACAGGACGGUAUCUCGGAUGCCAAGAAGAUAUCCUCUGAUGACACUGCCGUUGAGGGGAAGAGGCCAGGGUUCUUGGCCAAGUUCCUGAAGCCGUGGCAGUACUGUGAUUAUGAAACGAUGUGCAAGCUUGUGCCUUACGACCAGGUAGACAUAAGCAACAUGUACACAGACGAGGUUGAACGUGACGCCUACUACCCACCUUCGGUCAGCAGCCCAACUCCGCUACUUUGGAUCCCCGAGGACCCAAUGGGUAUCUCGAAGCAAGAGAUCCGGGAUACUAGCAAGGUGAUCCCAAUCACAGAUGAGGGAUGUAUAUUAAGCGACAAGAACAAACUAGAAUGGGAUACGGAGGCCGCGCGACCACCUGUUUGGGAGGAAAAGAUCUAUUACUAAGCCUAAUGCCUGGGGUUUAAGCCUCGUGGCAUAAUACACAGGCUCACUGGAGAAUCACUAUGAUGGAGGUUUAGCCCUCAUAUUGCUUUCUCCGUGGUUGUUCCGAAUUUGUCUUCAGUUUUGGUAUACGAUAUCAAGUUUAGAUCAUCAGAAUUAGGACUAGGAUGAAUGUUGUUUUAGGUUGUUAUUGUUGAAGUCGAUAACGAUUAAGGAUAUGGCUUACAGGAGUACUGAAAUGUCUAUUAUACCCUUCGGAUGAAGUUUUGAGAGGGCAAGGUUAAUUACUGAUUAUAAUAAUGAAGAUGAUGGCAUUCCAAUAUAAUGAUCCUUUGUUGUGAUAAAUUCGUUGUCAGGUACAUGUGUUAUUACUACAUAGAUGUAUUAAAGAAAUGUCGGGCAA